GGUCAAUACAUUAACAAUGAAACACGGAACUAUUUGAUCUUAGCAUUCAUUAUCAUGGGUUUAUUAUUAUGGCUUAUUGGUGUUCUGAUCAUUGGUUUGGUGUGUUAUCGUCGCCGACGUAAUCGUAAAGUAUCUGUUCGAAAAAGUGCUUUAUGGUCCAAUAUUAGUUAUGAACCAAAUUUAUAUCAAACUAAAUUAUCAUCACCACAAACUGAACCAUUUAUUACACAAUAUAAUCAUGAUAAUCAUCAAAAUGACAUGAAAUUAUUAUUAUCAACCAAUCAAACAAUUUAUCCUUCAUUAAAAAGAUGUUCACCAAGUAGUGUACUAAGAAAUUCAUCUACUUUACCAAAACUACCCAAUAAUGAUCAUCCCAUUGAACGUAGAUCAGUACGUUAUACACGUACACCAAAUGAUAUAUCGAAAUUACAUUUCGCCACUACUUCAACACAUACACCACCAAUAUCAUCGAUCAAUAAUUCAUCCAUGUCAAUGUAUACACAACAAUCAAAUUUGUCACCAAUUGAAAAUUCUCAUCAACCGCCAUUUGAUGAUACUUAUGAAGAAUUAACAUGUUGUAGAAAUGAUCAUUACAAUUGGAAGCAUAAUCAUGUAUUAACAACAACAACAACAACAAUGCCGAAAUUGACAACUUUUCAAUAAAUCAAUAUUGAAUAUUGAAUUGAUUCAAUGUUCAAUUGUUCAUUCUCCUCUUUUUUCUUUUUUUUUGUUCAUGUUUAUUCAAAAUAUUUAUCAGAUAUAAGAAACAAGUAUAUAGAUAUAUGUGUAAUCAGUUAGGUAACACUUAUUACAUUGUUUGAAAGAUGGAAACUUUCAUUUUUCAUCCAACUUUUGUAAAGAAAAAAACGCGAACAGUUAUCAUUUUUUCUUCAUCAUUCAUCGCUUGAAUUUAAAUAAUCAUUGUUUAUGAAUUGCCAUUUGUUUUAAUCGUAUGUUUUAUGCAAAUCAGAUAUAUUCAAUUGUAUUAUUACUAUUAUCAUUAUUAUUAUUAUUAAUACUGUCUGAUCGAAAAGUCACAGUUAUUUAUGGAAUGUCACAG